AUGGCUUCAUUUGCCUCAAUAUCAGGAAAAUAUGCAAGGAUAUUACCUUCAAAAUUGAAAUUUACUGCCACUACAAAAACUAUUGCAGGAGCUAUUUCAGGCACUACAAUUGCAGCUGGUGCUUAUUAUCAUACUCAAUCUGGUGGUCAAUUUUCAGGUACAGGCAAUAAUGGUAAAAGAAACUUUAGUAAAAGUGCUGCCGUUGCUGGUGCAACUGGAGCAAAUAUAAAAAUCGCUAAAGUUCCAGAAGGUAAAUCUUUUGAAGAUUAUCAAGAAGUUUAUAACGCUAUUGCCACCAAAAUCGCGGAGCAUUUAUCAUUUGAUCAUAAUGAUGGCUAUUACGCAGGAGGUAGUUUUGGAGGUACUAUGAUUUUUCCACCCGAAGAAAUGGACUAUGAAAAUAAUGGUUUAAGCCGUGCAAGGUCUUUUCUUGCCGAAUUUCAAGUCCGUUAUCCUUGGAUAUCACGUGGAGAUCUCUGGACAUUAGGAGGGGUUUGUGGAGUACAAGAAAGUUCUGGCCCUAAAAUUGAAUGGAGACCAGGUAGGGUAGAUGACAACAGUGGUUACUCCCCAGAAAAUGGUAGAAUUCCAUCCGGAACUAUUGAUGAUGGAGCAGAGAUCAAGCGCUUCUUCAGUCGUAUGGGUCUUGAUGCAAAAGAUACCGUUGCGUUGAUUGGAGCUCGUAUGUAUUAG